AUGACCUCUUGCGAAAACUCGUUGAUGAGCUGAUUCAGUUAGGCGCUCCACCCAGGUUAAAGAGUCAAAUUAAGCAGUAAAUUCGACUUGAAUUCUGCGUAAGUGUAGCUGCAUGUUUUCAGUGAAAAUUAUAUGAUGCGUUUCUCCCAUUAUUACUAUUUAAGGGUUUUCAGAAGUCUGCGAUAUAGCAGCUAUUAAGUAGUUCUAAAGCAGAUGAUUCUACCAUUAACCAUUAUUUUCAGUGUUAAAUUAGUCAGGAAUGAUAGAUGUUUUGUUUCUGUUGGAAGGUGGCCGUAAUGGAGUUGUGGUUUAAAUACAUUGAUGUUCUAGAAAUAGACGUCGAACCCUACGGUAAGCUUCCACCAUUCUGUCUUAAAGAGGAAUUCGAAAUGGCGGCUAGAAAAAUUAAAGAAGAUUCAUUUGGCCUUAAGAAAGCUGUCUUCAACCAUAUCUCUAUGCGCUACAGAUCCAUGUACAAGCAAAGGAAUAAAAACUCCUGGUACAAACAGCACUCAGUACUCUGUGGAUAUAGACCAGUAAAAGCACCACGUAUACAGGCGACGGGUCUCUCAGAGAUUCUCAGUAGCUUGUCAACGGCCGGCCAUGAGAGCAACGAUAAUAGUAUGUCGGCACUGUCAACCGAGAGCAACAGUGAUAAAGGUAAUGACGCAGCUGUUGGUGUGAGCGAAGCAGCCGAAGAAGCUUCGGGUUUCGGCUUUGGGACGCUAGAGAGUGGAAUGGAUGUAGUGGAUGAAGGUCAAUCAUUUGCUUUUGCGCACCACCAGACGGACAUUUCCAGCUUGAACGUGUUAGAUGUGUCAAUGGAAAACAGUGAAACUAAUAUUCUAGAUACAGCAAACGUAAAAAAAGUACCAGCUGGUGGAGAUCAGGAAGCGGAAGGCAUAGUUUCAUCAAGCAUGAACCGAGGUAAUUCGGUUAUGCAGGUGGAAGACGUGGACCUGACGUCAAACAUUGCAUACAGGCUGAAAUCGUACAUGGAGUCUCGAAAUCGGUUCUCACUUGAACACUAUGCUGAGCCUGUUUUUCAGAUGCAUACUAGUUGUCUGAUUAUGAUACUCUACCUGGGAAUUGUUCGUGCUAAGGUCUUUCACAUUGGUAUACUUGACAUUUACAGAUUUAUUCGUCAGAAGGCGCUAACAUACCGAGAGCCUCGCGAUGGCGUGGCAGAAGAGCUAUUGAAAUGGCGACAAAACCUCUUCUUUAAUAUGACUUUGCCCGAUAUUCACCCAGUGCAUACCGGCAUGGGAUCAUUUGUCAGAUCAACUGGAAUACUAUGUGCUUUGCUGGGAAUACCUGAACUGGAAAUGCCGCCCAUGACCUACUUUAUUGCUCGUAUUGGUCUCGAUCUAAACUUACCCGGUGAAAUUUUAUCAAUGGCAGUAAAAAUUAGUCGCGAAUAUAACCUACAGCCCUCGUGGACACUGGAUGGUUCAGAAGAGUUUCCCCAUAUGACCGCCAAACCAGUGCCUCUAAUGGAACUCGAGGCUUGCGCGGUACUGCUAUUUGUAUUGAAGUAUCUCUUUGGCAUUAACGGCAGCACUGAGUACGCCUCAUCACUAGAAGCUGAGAAAAGAAGCCACAAGGAAGGUGUGAAGUACUUCGUCAUCUCACACUGGAUGACGCAGUUGUCUCGGAGGGCGCAUUUUCUUCGACGUCGCGGAGAAUACUAUAAUUCUCGAGGACCAAGCGAAUUUGAGCAUAUUCGAAGUGCCGCAUACCUUGUACGUCAUAGCGACAAACGUCGCGCAGAUUUCUAUCAAAGGGGAGUGGUUUCGCGUAAGUGUGCACGCUUUAUUGAUGAUGUAGCCGUAGAACGAAUGCUGUCAACGCCUAAAUUAUCUCCGUCUAGCUGGCCGUUAAAAAACGCACUUCGGACGCUUGUUCAACAUGAGAGCCCAGCCGACCCUCUUCACCUGCUGGACAAUAUGUGCAACGAUCAAGUUAUAAUAAAUGGUACAUCAGAGUUUCCAUUGGCAUUACGUUCUCACGCCCGAUUUUACGUGGAAGCAGCUAGGAAAACGAGUGAAGCAGCAGAACCAUCUUUUAUUGGGAAUGCUCUUGCACCACCAAAGAACAUGGUUGCUUUAGUGAGCCUUCUUGCAGAGUACUGCCUAUGCAGUAGUCUUCGUCUACACCGCACAUUACUACAAGUCGAGAAAAGAAUAGCGCAAGCGUAGACCGUAUGGUAAAGAACUAUGUGUAGAUAAAUGUCAAGGCGUGGGGUGUGAAGCCUGUACAGUAACUCAAACAGUCAAUGACUUCCUUUGAACAGUUGCUACAUACGCAAAUAAUGGGAAAUAUAAAAUGGAAACGGUUUCUAGCAAGGAGUGUGUAGUUUUAAUUUUACACUGUAUAUCAACACAUAUUUUUUAUGCAAUUUCAAAUUACAGAUCUGAUACAAAAUAUUCCAAUUAACUAAAUAAAUUGUUAUAAUAACAAUAAUCACUAGUAUUAUUAAUUACUCAUAAAUUAUCGUUCUCUUUGUAUGCUACCAAAGACGAGUGGAUUUGGAUAACUAUUAGAAACAGAAAUCUUGCGCCAACAUUGAUGUUGAAAGAUUGCAGCUUUGUGCUAAGAUAGGGGACUUGGAUGUCGAUCCCUGCCGAGUUUUGUACUGACUCCAAUAGCUCUUCUAAGUUUUGAAAAUGUAAUUUAAAUAAUCACAUGUUUCGCGGUAGAGUCGUAUUACCGCUAUUAAUGCAUUCUCUUUUGCAAAUAUGUAAAUGACACUAUUUCAUAGUUAUAAGACCUUUUUUCAAACUUAGUUACUCAUGCACUGCACAAUGACCAAGUAAAUACGUGCAAUUUAUGUACUAAUGCAUUUUAUAUCAUAGUGUUGCCUUUAGAAAUGUGCACUUGAAAAAGCUCUACAUCUCGGAGGCUGACUAAGCAUAACUUCUAAACUGGUUUUAAGCGAAAUAAAUGAGUUGGUAUCACUUUCUUUUUAAAAUUAGAUGUAUUAAGUAUUGUAUUGUUAAUUUAGUUUUUUUCGACUUACUUUUCAAUAAAUAAGUUUUCGUCCCAAAUGCUCAUCUUUUUUUGGCAUGAAGUUUAUAUUUUUUUCCGUUGUAAUAGAGCCAAAAGCGUACCUUUAUACGAACAUUGUUGGAAUAACUGGCUAAUUCUAGUCGUUGCUGUUGUUCGACGUUACAACAACUCCCUAAGUCCUCGAGGCAUUAAGAAGCUCAAUGCCCCUGCUUUCCGACGCUACCCAGACCACUUCUGGAAGAUCACUAUAACAGCAGUGAAUGGCCUAAAACUAGAAAGGCUAUAGAUAUUCUUCGAAACCAGGCAUAAAAUUAACUAUUAAUUAUAUAUUAAUUAUU